AGGCACGUUGGCUGAGAGGCACCUGCCAAUAACCCUUUAGCAGAUCCAACUUCGUAACAUGCUUGGCUAAACCAACUCGAUCGACACAGUCUUCCAUUCUGGUAAGUGGGAAAGAUUUAGGUUUCGUUACAUUUUUGACUUUGCGAUAAUCUGCUUAGAAUCGAAAGGUGUUAUCAGGUUUUGGCACAAGGAGGCAGGGGGAGCUCCAUGGACUCUGACUAGGUUCAGCCAACCCGUGACACAGCAUAUACUCAACCUCAGUCUGCAUGAUUUCACGUUUUCCUGGAUUCACUCUGUAAGGACGCUGCUUUAUGGGGGCAGCAUCUCCAACAUCAAUGUUAUGUACACAUACUGUAGUUCUACCUGGCACAUCACUAAACAGGGACGGAAAAGCAUGCAGCAAGCUGGUUAGUGUUUCAGACCGUUCACUGGACAGAUGACAAAGAAAACUCUGAAGAUCCUGCAAUAUAGUAGAUUUCUUCAACCGAGUGGAAGAAACUGGGACAUCUUUUCUCCUCAAUCCAUCCUCCUCCAAGGAGUAGUUUGAUACUACACCAGCAGUGGCUGUAGAGGAAACUGAUGGGGGGACACUCUUGUCUUGAGCCAUUCCAGCGUGAUCCCUUUCUACAUAGGCCUUAAGCCUGUUUACAUGACACACACGGCUCUUGCAUUUUCGGUCAGGAGUAGCAACAAGAAAGUUGGUCUCGUUUCACUUUCUUUCGACCAGAUAGGGACCAGCAAAUUUUGAAUGUAAUAUAGAACCAGGAGUUGGAAGGAGGACCAGGACAGGAUCACCAGGAUGAAAAUCUCUUUUCAGAGUUUUUGUCAAAUUGACGCUUCAUCUUGGACUGAGCAGCAGACAAAGUGAAAUUUUGCAAGACUUUGAGCCUUAUGCAGCUAAUGUGUGUACAUACUUCAUACACCACCAGGACAGUUUUACUCAUGAGCAGUACAGGUACAUAAACAUUUUCAGACAUGGAUGAGUGGAUUCAGUGUGGAUGAGCAACUUUUAAGAGCGUUUUUAAAUGAAAACACUGUUCUCAAACCUAUUCAAACGUCUAUGUAGACGUAGCCUCGUGUUGCUUUUAAACACCUGUGGAUAAGACUCAUACGUAGCCUACACAAUUUUUGAGUGAGUUUACUUUAUACACACUUUAUAGACACUUUAAACCAGGUGUUCCCAGUCACGUACCAUAGAGCUCCCCAGUGUUGCACAUUUUUUGGUUCAUUGGUUCUGCUUUAAACCAUUGUUAGACAUGGAAACACUUGUGUAAACAGUGAUUAAAAAAAAGUUCCCUGAAGAAAUGUCCAAACUGUAUGUAAAAUAUUAAGUGCUUUAUCAAAGACAUAUUGAUAAAGCUAGGCCUGUUGAAGACAAGUAGUUUAUCUUACUUUUUUGCAUGAUACAAGGGCUGAUAAAAGAGCAGAAUAAAUGUGAUACAUGUGCUACUCCAGCUCACAACUCUUACACCAGAGCAGACUUUACACAUCAUCUCUGAGGAGCUCAGUUCACUGUAUCUUCUCUUGAGUCUACGACAGUCAUCAUGGUUUUCACUGUGCGUUUGAGGUUCGUUCUCGGGAUUAUUCUGCUUUCUUGUAUUCAAAGUGUGGUGAAUGAAAAUGUGGACAUUAACACCCUUUCCAGGAUUCAAAAAUUCUUUCAUUACAAUUUUGAAAAUGGCCAAUAUGCAGUAGCCAUCAAUGUCCCAAAGGUGCAGUGUCAAAGCGGUUUUUACCCAUCUGGAAAAGAAAGCACCUUUCUGCUGAAGGACAUGUCAGAAAAAGUUAAACCUUACAUAAAACCUGACAGCAAGGAUGUCUAUCAAGGCACUGAACUCAUCGCUGCAGGACAUCAUACAGACGCACAUUCAGAGUAUUUACUGAUGAAUCCUUCAAAGAGUUCUCCUUUGACAAACUUAUUGAAUAAAAAAAAAGAUGGAUGUGUGGUUUUCUACACCUUAAUAUCUCCCUGUAUAGACAGAUGUCUUAAUAAUAAUGACCAUGAUAAUAUUUUACCAGGUCUUGAUGAAUUAAACAAAUACAAGGGAAUUAAAGCCUUUGCUUAUACACAUAUCUAUAAAAAAGACCAAAAGAAUAAAAAUCUGCAUGAUAAACUAAAGAAGAUUGCUGAUCUUGUGCCACUUUACCGCUGUAACGAGGGGGGUUGUAUCCUUUGUGGAGGACCAGGUUCUAAAGAACUGCAGAAAAAAUGUAUAGAAAAUGAUGUUUGAUUUGCUCAAUCAUGCUGAGUUCCUGUUUGACACAAAUGCUUUAGACCUGAUGUGCUAGUUAGCUGCUGAGUCUUUUGAAGAUAUGCUUCAAUGCUCAAACUGAGGCUUUUGCUUUUAGAAUUCUUACAAAUGAGUAAAUUCUAACAGGGGAGAGUAAAUGAUCAUUCGAUUAAAGAAAUUGCUGUUUUAUGAGUGAAUCAUAAAUAGGAACUUGGAGAAUCCUAAUCCUUGAUAAAGAAAAAACUACCAUUGAAUUAAUGAUUUUGUUUUUAGAAACAGCUGCCAUUGUGACCUCAUGGGUUUACUGCUGUGUGGACCACAAUGUUUUACAAUAGUUUUUUUUAUUAAAAUGCUCAUUUGUUUAUGCUUGGGUAACAAUAUUUGUAGUGGUUCCUUAAAUACUGCUUGGGGAAAUAAAUACAUUUCUACGCAAUGUAUUAUCUGUUUUAUUUAUAUGCAAUGCUUA